UCAGAUUUACGUAACACCACGUGGCUCAUUUCAUGACCGUGAAGUAACGAACAGCGACGCCGGGGUUCCUCUCUUCGACUACUACUCCGACACUCAUUUACAACAGUCUAGGAAAUGCUUGGGAAUUCUGCGACAACAUCCAGACCUCGCCCACCAGCUCAGAUGCGGAGGUCAUCAUCCAUGAAGGCCGCGGGCUCAUCUCCUCCACCUCCCUAUGCCUCCUCUUUCGUAUUCCCUUCACGGCGUAAACAAGCAGAAGCGGUUAGCCAUACUCUUCUGGACUCUCCAGUUUCCGCUGCAUUGCAUACACUCGCUCAGGAUAUGCAAAGCAACAGCCCAAAUAGAACCCCUGUCGACAAUGGGGAAUUGACAGAGUGGCUUAAAGGGAAAUCGCAUGACGAACUUUCAGAGCUUCUUGUAAAGGCAGACGAGACCAUCAAACAGAGAGAAACUGACUUGAACCGCACGCAUUCCCUUUGCAGGUCUCUUUUCGAAGACAACACAUCUUUGCAGUCAAAGCACAAAGCAUUAUUUUCUCAGCUUCCCGGUACCCCUCCCCGCCGUCGAUCACCGUCAUCUUCCCCGUCAGGAUCCAGGUUUUCCUCGUUCUCUUCUAGUAAACAUCGCCCAUCGCCUAGCACUGAUUCGCUCAUACACACGCCGCCAAUAUCUCGCAGCAGCUCAGAUCAAGAUCCGUUUUACCCUUCAUCUCGCCUUCCUCCUAUCAGACACAAAGGUCCCCAUGUUCGCAAAAUGUCGGUCACUCCCCAUGAUAUUGCCCUCCUUUCCGAUCAAAAUAUCGAUCUACUAUUGAAAGUUGAGAAGCUGGAAUCUGAUUCCGCAAGUCAGGACCUUGCGGGCCGAAAAUUACUGAGAAGAUUGGAGAAGGAGAUCAACGCUCUGCACGACGAAUUGGACGCAGUUCGAGAAAAGGAGGCGUUGAACGUGAUGAAAGCUACAGAAAAAGCUGAAAGGGAGGAAAAGCAGAAGCGAGGGAAGGGCCAAGGAACGAUAAAGUCAAAGAGCGGUCAAGUUGAAACAGGAACGCAAGAAGGCGUUGAUCUAGGUGACGGGAGUGUAAGAGACUUUGCACCCGCUGGGCCCCUCACCGGCCUCUUCCGUCGCUCAACAGAUCAACAUCCAGCAACUAUAUCUGAAUCUUUUGAGGAUAACCCGGGUAGCGAGUCUAGCACACCCACCUCGUCGACCUCCUUCGAGGAACAGCAGCGGGAAUUUAUUGCUCAAGUUUUGAACAAGAUGGCCGAACUUGAGGAAACUAAUGCGCGUCUUGAAGCUCAACAAGCGGAAACUGCAGCUCAAUUGUUGGCAAUACAAAAAGAGACAGCUAGUCUGGGGAGAGUGUAUGAAGGUCUUGAAGGUUUUAUAGGCGCUGGAGAGGGCUUCGAGCUUGUGCAGGAUGACUCCCCGUCACAAUCAGAGAGUGACGCGCUCGAAGGGAAGGAAAACACACUCAACCCUGCUGACACCACUGUCAGAUUCAGAAGCUUCAAACGGACUUUGGAAGGUCUUCCAUCGAUACCUUUGGACCGCUCUGAAGGAGUCGGUCUUUUCAAUCCAGAUUCUGCUCAUUUCCAAACUCACAAGUCAAGGAAAACCGUUUUGGGUCUUUUUGAAGGCAUUUCAUCUCCCUCUGAAAUUCCAUCAAACCAGCAUCCUGUUGCAACGGACGGGCUCCUUUCUCCCACUCCUUCAACUCUCAGUGCUUUCAAACCAGGCCUCAAUUCCUUAGACUCGCUCACGCCCCCCGACCCGUCGUGCAGUGUCAACGAGGCCCUUUCCAAUGAACUCGGUCUCAAUAUCGUUACCGCCGGCCUCACCUGGGCAGGACCGAGUGAUCAUCUUCGCACAAGUAGCCUAUACGAUUUUAGUUCGUUAUCGCGCCAGGCUAGCUCUACGCCGUCGCCGUCACCCUCACCUAUCGAUUUUAAUAAGGCCGCGAGGCGGGAUAUGGAAGUAGAGAACAGAGAGAAAGACUGGAAGGCGAAUCCUAAAUCACCUAAGACGCCUAUCAAGUCUGACCCACUUCAAUUAACUCUCGAACCUCCUACGCCCCAACAGUCAGCGGCACAGAAACGAUAUCAAAGGAUGUCUCAAACUGUCCGGGCUAGGACAGCGAGAUGGGUUGAUGGGAGGUUCACGGAAAAUGUUCUCAGUCCGAGUGCAUGCGUCGAAGUUACAGGGAGCAGCCCUUCUUUCCGUGGUCCGGAUGACCGUGAAAUCGGAAGCAGGAAGAAUGAUGGUUCGUCUCCUCUGAUAUCGGAUUCUGAGACCGUCGGUUCCCCGAUGACGACGAAUUUAAAUCCUUCGCCCGCACAACCUAUGCCACUACGCCUCGCCACUGUGCUGGAUUCUGUUGUGGAGAAAUUUACUGGGCGGACGGUUAAUGGAUCUGGACCAGCGAAUGAACCCCUGGAAGGUACAGAGAAUUCUGUCCGUCUAGGGGCGGACACUUCGGUAGAGUUGUUUGUCGCUCCUGGUCCUCCCGAGGAGAAGAAGGCUGCUGGGGUUGGGGAGAUCAUCUUGGAAGUCUGGCUAUGGCUUCAAUUUGCUGUCAUCAUAUUGGUAUUUCUAUGGGCAAUGGCAAAGAGAGGCCCAAAGAGCGUAUUGGGAGAUCGCUCUAGCGUUGGAGGCCGAGGACCUUAGAGAUUUCUUUCUUGUUCAUGUAAUAUUUGAUACCCCCGCAUUCAUAUUUGACGGUUCAUUUCUAUCCACGAACAUUUUCCGUACUACGCAUCCCAUGUUGUAUAAUGAAGUAGUCAUAUUCUAAUGAUCCACUAUUCGAUUCUUGAAAUGCAAAGCACC